GCUCGUUUGUGUGACGUCUGUCUGGCACCUCGUGUAGGUAACAGGUACCACGUGUUGCAGCAGCAAUUGGACAGCGUUCUUUGCAGUAUAAAUAGGGACGCUGUUUCGACUGUCCGCACCACUCACCACUUUCAACCUUUUCGAUUCAGUCGUGUUCAUACAGCGAAGAACAAGAGAGUAAACAUGAAGGCUUUUGUGGUCUGUGCCCUGCUUGCAACGUUCGCCGCUGUGAGCUUCGCCCACCAUCUCGAGCUCUGCAAGAAACAAGACGAUCAGCUGAGAACUGAACUCCAGUGCAUUGGGCUGCAUAUCUCAGCAGAGGCGAACCAAAGUUUUAACAAGGCAUUGAAAACUCUCGGCUGCAAAGACUGGAGCUGCGUUAUCCGGAAGUUGUGCGUUGGAAACGACCUUGAAGCUGCCAUGGCGAACCAUUUUACGAAAUCUCAAAUCUCGGAAAUACACAGUGCUUCCACAGUUUGCGAUCCAGAGGCUGGUCACCACCAUCACCACCACUGAAAGAAAUUCGCUCCAAGUAAAUUGAAGAACUGAGCCCUAGACGUGUUGACAGUUCCUAUACUGCUGCAACGUGCUUAAUCACAGGCUCCUGGCAGCUUCAUGUUCUGGCGUAGCCUUUUAUAAAAUUAUGACGAAGACAAAUAAACAUUUGUUUCUCUGAA